AUGAUCGCCCUCGGUUCUUACAUCUACAAGAAGAACAAGGACAAGAAGAACAAGACGGGCGACAAGGGGCAGAAGAACAACUCUGGCUCUGGCUCUGGUUCUGGCGCCGGCAGCGACUCGUCCAAGCGCAGGCCCAUGCCGCCUCCCCCUGGCUAUGUCCCGGCCAAGUAG